AUGAGUGUGGGUGAGCUCUUCAUUCAGAUAGUACCAAGCUCUCACUUCAUUCGCUCACCUCGUGAUCGUCUUUGCUGCUCAUCACUCUAGUUCAGAUCGCGCGUUGGCCGACCCGCUGGCAACCGAGCUUCGCACCGAACCGCUCUGUGACCUGUACAAUCAUGCUCGCGACGCCAGCGCAAGUUCCUCGUCAGCACCAUCGAGGAGAUAAUUACUUUCCUCAGUUCUCGAAUCGAUGCACAUGUCACUCGGCCCACAUCGCCCCACCCCCAAACACCACUGUCGACCAGUGACAAUUUGCUCCGCCACCCCCACAUCGUUCACUCGCGUCAUCAACGUUAAGCAAUCACACGAAUGCAAUCCCUCUCAUCUCUUUCAUGAUCGAAUCGAAGAGCUCAUCGACACGGCUAGCUCGGGGUUGGUUGGAACAUCUGUUGCACGACUCGACUGAUUUCGUGAAUGUCGAGAUCGGAGACGUUUAUCGGCACAAGCACUUUCACCCCGUCUCGACUGCGCCGCAAAUCACUCAACCUCCCGCGAUCGUUAUCCAGCUCGUCGAGUCAUCCGUCCAAAGCCACUACGUCUCGCUAUAA